AUGGGUAACAAACAAGGAUCAGAAUUUGGAGGCAUUAUGGUUAGGACAGAAAAAUCUAUUUACUUUGCUGGAGAUGUUGUGAAAGGUAAUUUUUCUACCAUUUUAGGAAAUAUAUACCUUCACAUAAUAAAAUCAGGUUAUCAUGGAAAUGUCGUUCAAUUUUCAAUAGUUGGAAAAGAGAAAACUCGCUGGUAAACUGGUUCUGGGAAAAACAGUACUACACAUUAUGGGAAAAAUGUAUUCUAUGAAGACACUGUUGUUAUAAAUACAUUUUUAGACGAAAAGCUAAUGAUUGGACAAUUUGUCUUCCCUUUUUAAUUAGAUCUUCCAUCAGAUCUGCCUGGAUCGUUUUAUUAUUCAGAUGGCCUUCUGGCAAGUGUUGGCUACAAAAUUAAGGUUCAAGUAAUAUCGACCUCUAAAUCAAUUAAUGAUAUCAAGAAUGAAUAAGAAAUAAUCAUUAGAGAACCAAUUAAAGAAAUAUUAUAAGUUUCUUAAGAAAAAGAGACUGCUAAUCUGUCGACCUGGUGCUGUAAAAAAUAAGGAGUAAACAUGAUUUUAAAUAUAGUCUUGUUCAAUAAUUGCAAAAGUAGACAAAAAUUUAUACUAACCAGGAGAAUAUAUUUAAAUAGCGUAUGACAUAGAUAAUUCAGAUUGUAAGCUUAACAUAAGAAAUGUUGAUGUGAUUAUAAUGAGUAGACUAAACAUCAGAUCUAAUUCUGGUUCUUAAUACAGGGUAGAAUUUAAAAUAAACUCCUUUUCACAGAAUGGAAUAUAAAAAGGAACGAAACUAUAAUCAUCUGCAUCAACUGGAUGUUCAUUGCAAUUGAUUAAUGCUAAACAUCCAGCGAUUGUUCUCACACCUUCAACAGCUGGUAAUCUUGUGAAUUUCUCAUACCAUGUGAAAAUAAACCCAAAUUUUGAAGGUAUAUUUUUGAAAUACUUACAGGUUGUACAUGCUGUAGUUCAAAGCCAAUUGUAUAAGUACCCACUACUUUGUUAGAAGUUCUUCCAUAAGAUUAUUAAGAACCAAUCUUGCAGCCUGAAAAUUGGUAACCACAAGCAUUUUAACCUUUCAUUAUAAAAUCAAAUAGCACCAACCCUUUCAAUAACAACAAUUUGAAAAAUAUGGCUAAUCCAAUGAACAGCUGA